GCAAAAGAACAAAAGAUAUCUCAGCUGUCAGCUCAGAUAAGUAAAAGCGUGCGUCCGUCAGAUCAGAUUGGCGUCAGUAUUGUGUUGUGUGAUGAAAUUUGUCGAACACUCUAAUAGAACGAAUUCGAAAAGCGAUGUCUCGUGUAUUUUAACAUCGUUUAUUUAUUAUUUCAUGUGUAAUUCGGUCCUCGGUCUCGUUAUAUUUCAUUAACUGUUAACUAUACUCAAAAUAUUCUUCGUGGGUUCGAUCUUCGGUCAUAGUUUUGGAUUCCAUUCGAUUCGAUUUGGGACUUCACAGUUUGAUGAACAGCAGAGAUAAUCUGAGUCAUAACUGUUGGAACGUGUGAAAAAACUUCUCAGGAGAGAGAACACUUCAGAAUUACGUCGAUUUGGUGAACCCGAUUCAGAAUUAAUCAUAACCCAUCGAAUUUCAUCUAGUAAACUGAUUUAAACUGAAUCUUCGUGACGAUGGAAGUAGACGCUGCGGAUUUGGACCUCGAUAAUUCAUCGGAAAAACUGUUCGUUUUCCACGAAUCUGUAUCAACGUUACAAUAUAUAGCCAGUCAUAAGGUAGCACUGCAACUAUGGCACCAUCGCCUCAGUCGUGCAAAAUGCGGAAAAAUACCAGAGAGAACGUACGACUUUUUAGAAUCAGAAAAAUUGGCAGAAUUAUUGAAAACACCUCAACGUAUCGAAGAAAUGUUGAAAAAAUCCUUGGGAAAAAUUGGUCUCGAAACAAGUCGGUGGAUAAGUGAUUUCGAAUGCAAGAUCUUCACGGGUCAAAUAUCCAGAUAUUGUCCCGGUAAUUUAGAUCAGAGUCUCAUCGUUUGGGGCCAAAAUGGCAAUAUAGAUGGCAAGAGAAGCGCUUCGAAGAUGAUAAUUUAUGGAAAAUUGAACGCGGAGCAGAAAUUCAUUUUGAUGUGCGCGUAUGGUAUAAAUCAAGAAUUGGAAAUAUUUCCCAUGAACUCGAUUCCGGAGUUUUUUCAGUGGCUGGGGAUUUCUGAUUUGAAAAUCGCGUAUUGGAUUUCUUAUCAUAGACACAAUUUGCGCGACGUUUGGCUUAAAAUGCCAGGUGUGAUUCGUGCUGAACAUUCGCUCAAUGUCACUAUGGCCAUGGAGUAUGGCUAUCGUCGUAAUAGGGGCAGUUCAAUUUUGCCGCAUGUUUUCGAACAUUUUUGGAAUCGUUUGAGUGAAGCGGAGCAGUUGGCGGUUGCUCUUAGAAUCCUGCCUGGCUCGCAAUCUAGAAAAAUUCAAAAAAUCAUACUAUCGACGAUGUCUCCUUUUCAACAACGUCAGCUAGUCGACCAAAUUCCUCUCGAGCUAAUGGCGCAGUUUUGCGGUCGUUGCGAUAUGCCAGAAAAUGCGUUUAUAAUUUGGACCCGCAUUAAAGAUCGAAUCACGGAGCAGCAAUUUGUACGAUUUCUAAAAAUGAUAUUUGAUCGUGCGGUGUAUUUUGAAAAAAGUUUUGUAUUAUUGACCAACGUUUGGAAUACAGCUUCAGAUCGUCUUAAGAGACACAUUGCCGAUAGCAAUCCAGAUAUUAUACUCAGCCCUUUCAUGGCAUACUAUCAAGUUCCGUCGCCGAGUAUUUACAGAUUUGUUAUGAAAUUCUUGUCGUUGAUGAAAGAACAUACCAGAAAACAAAUGAUUUUCUCGAUCAAUAAGAUUAACAUUGCUCGGGUGCAGGACAUCGACUUCUUGAACUUAUGUUUACCAGAAGAAGCCGAUCAGUGGCGGUUUAAGAAUCGGAUUAUGGAGUCGGUCACUAUGACACGUUAUUGCGCAAGAGCAUUAUACCGUCUGGAAUUCGAUGAUGUGAUCAACACUGUGGCGUUUUUCUCACGAAAUACUCAUGACAUUGGCGAAUUUUUCAAGAAGUUACUGGAGGCAGAUGAGCUUAAUGCGUUGAUAUUCAUCCUAGAUUACGAGAACUGGAAUAAAUUUUGUAAUUUCAUCGACACAGUUUUUAAUAACUACGUGUCAAUCAUUCCAGAGCUAAAGAAACAAAUAGUUUCCCGUUUUUCGGCUCGUGCCGUUCAUUGUUACAACGACGAAGAAGAAAAUUUCAACGCAUUGGUUAAAAUAACCGAACAAGUUUUUUCGUCCGAAGAGAUGAAAACUUUUAAGCUAACAAUGUUGGAACAUUUCCAAAAAAAGGUCUCAUCGAUUGUGUAUUGGUUUCAGUUUGAAGGAAAAUGCUACAACGCCUUGGUAACCUGGUGUUCAGAUGAUGAAAGCCGAAUUAUUGAUUUCAGGGAUGUUGUGCCGAUUGAUGCAUUUUUCGAUGAAAUUUUACGUACCAUUUGCUCUACAGUCGAUAGAAAUCCUGAAUUUGAGAUGAAAACGCUGGACAGGUAUCUGCGCAACUUCUGCUCCAGUGAUGAAGAAAUUAAACUGUUGAAAAUACGUAAAUAUUACGAACGAGAUGGGUAUUGGAUUGGCGAAGUUAAUCGAACUUUUCGUCGCGAAAUUCAACUUGCGAUUUUCGAUUGGUUUUGUAGUAGUGAGAAGGAGUUGGAUUUUUCAUGGGGUUGGUAGGAGCUGAGAAGAUGUACUCGUAGUUGGUGUUACUUUAAGUGAUUUUUUUUUUAUAAAUCUUUUUCGAACCAUGUAUCACGGUGAAGGUGAAGGUACCUCAUUUAAGAAGUACAUAAUACUUUUUUUCUUAUUACAUAAUUAUUUGUACGUGGAAUUGCAAAUUAGUUGAUUUAUUUGGUUCUUUUUUCAUACAGUUUUUUUUUACAAGUACGUUUCGUUUU